CCUGUCAAGGUCCUGUAUAAGUCAAUGGGAGAGGCACCUAUCCCAAAUCCAACUUUUCCGAGGUUUAAGAGAAAAGCUUGAAAAAAUCGAUAGAUUCAGAAAAAAGCCCAAAAAGUUCAAGCAAUUCAGGUUCUUGUGUGAUUUUAUUGAAUUUUUCCAUGAUCCUAUUCAUUUGGGUUAUUUUAUUAAUAAGGCCAGAUCGAGCAUGGGAAUUUGGUAAAUAAAAUAUGAGAUACAUUCAGAUUUUAGUAAAUAACUAAGUAAAUAAAUAAGUGUUGAGGGAUAAAUGUUUUAAUACUAGUGAUGCCAUUAGGCCAAGCUUGAAUUAAGUAAUUGUCAUGUAACCAUGACAACAAUAGGGUCAUUGUGACAUCACAGGCACCUAACCACAAAACAACAGGUGUUUUGUGUGAUUAGUAUGACAUCAUAUUUACAUCAGACGAAGCAGGAAGGAAUAGGUGCUUAAGUUUUUAAGUGCUUAUUUCUUUCUUAUACUUUUUUAAACUUUCAUUUUAUGAGGUAGGAGAUCUUAACUCCAGACAUAAGAAAAGUUACUGUUCUCUACAUUCUCACUUUAUGUUAGUGUCCAUGUUAGUAUAUGAAAAGCUAUAAAUGUAUUUUACAAACAAUCUUAUUUUUCUAUAUCUUUCUAUUGCAGAACUCAAGAAUGAAUCUAAGAAACUAUUUUAUAUGGAUUAUUAUAUUUGGACUGAUUAUGAUUUGCAAAACUACAUCAGAAGAUACACAAGAAUAUGAAGCAAAUGAUGAAAGUGCAUAUUUAGAUGAAGACGCAAAUGUAGAUGAUGAAGACGCAUACUUAGAUUAUCCUGAACCUGAAUCAGAAAAAACUGUGGAAACAUUUACAAUUCAGCCUACAAUUCAGUGGACAAGUGCUGGGAAUGAAACGGAGACGGAGAAUGAUAAUCAAUAUGAUAUUCCAGUAAUUGUUACAGGGUGUAUUCUGGUAAUUCCUGUGAUUGGAGCUAUUGCAUGGCUAGUGUACGCAAAAAUUAUAAAGAAGAAGCAACCAGUUAAUGAUGUUGAAAACCCACUAGAGACAGCACAGCCAGAGAAAGAUUCUCCAAUACUUGAAAGCUCUGAUAGUUUUUUCAGGUGUCUGUAUAAAAAGAUUAAGGAGAAGAUAACAAAGAAGAAACCAGUUACUGACGUGGAGAACCCGCCAGAAAUAGCUCCAUCCAAGCAACAAUUUAUAGAAGCUAAAAGGCCGGUGUUUGAAAAACCUAAGGAAAAGAAAAAGAAGAAAACAGUCACAGUCGCUGGCAGAGAGAAGCCGCUAAUGACCAUUCGGCCUCAGCAAAUAUCAGCCACAGAUGAAAGCCCUGUUAGGUCUGUGGUUAAAAAAAUAAAGCGGAAAAAGAAAAAAACAAUUAAUAAAGCAGAGAGCCUACCAGCAGCAGCAGCUGAAAGCCCUGAUAGGGGAAAGCUUAGUGAAAUUACAGAGAACAGUGAAGUGCCUAUAGACAUAAGCCUUCCAGAACCUGAAAGUGACACAUUCGAUGUUUUCAGCUAUAUGGAGUCUAUAUUGUCAUCACAUAAAACGCCUAAGAAUCAGAAACGUAAAAAGGUACAACGUUAUGCAAUGUUUGAAGAAAUUAUGAAUAAUGAAGAAAAUGCAGAAGGAUUGACGCAACAGUUGAUUGCGCUUCAAAACAAAUCACCAACUCUCAAAGUUUUGGUGCGGUAUGAACCGAUAGAUGAUAGUAAGGAGGAAGAUGCUACAUCACUGAAGUCAGAGAUGGAAACUUCUACUAUCCAACUGCAGACUUCAGAACCCAGGGAACCAGAGAGUUUGGUGCAGUAUGAACCGAUAGAAGAUAGUAAGGAGGAAGAUGCUAAAUCACUGCAGUCUGAGAUGGAAACUACUACUAUCCAACUGCAGACUUCAGAACAGAGGAAACCAGAGAGUGAAGUACAAAUUCUACGGAUUGAACCACCUAAUGAGGAUGGUGAACUUCCUUUGCAAAUAGUGCAGGAAAGCAUUCCCGUCCCACAACAGCCUUCAGAACACAGUGAAGAUGUUGUCAAGAAAAGUGAAUCUACGGUGAAAGAGGACCUAUUUUUCUUUUUCUUAUUGUCGUGUGCUAAUAUGCUUCAGACAAAUUCCUCAGAACUAGCAGCAUAUGUUAAGCAACCUUCAGAACCUGAAUGAGAGGAGCAACCUGUGAAUCCUGAACCAAAGACACCUGCGUUGAUGAGCAUGGAAAAUCUUCUUCAAAAGUAGAACAGAGAUAACCUCAGUGAACUGAACUGAGAUGAAUAAAUAACUUUAUUUAUUAUAAUAAAUAAUUAUCUUAAUAAAUUAUUAUUGGUGGUUUCCUUUUAAAUGAACAAAUAGCAUACAGAGUUUGAAUACAGAUAUAUCUUUAUUAUUCUUUUUAGUUUGUUGACAUUUAAAAAGCCAAACAAGGUAAUUGAGGAAUGAAGUGCUAGUGUGCAUGCCUUUGAAUACAUCUUAUAUAAGAUAUCUGCUCAAAAUAAAUAUAGUAGUAAUUCACUAAAUAUUUCUGUUGGCAAUAUACAUCACAUUUCUAAAUGAGCUAGAUAUGAAUAAAGCAGCUUCAAUACAAAAUCAUUUUUAAAAAUAUUCAGUGGGGUCUAGAAUAGUUUUUGUUUUAUUAAAGGGAUA